AUGAUUAGAACAAAGCCAUUACUUACAUUAUUAUUAUGUUUGUUCUUUUUUAUUAUUAUAUUAAAGUAUCGAACAUUAAAAAAUACAAUAUUACCAUCAACAAUUCAUAUUUUACCUUCAUCACCAUCGACAUGUUUGGAAUCUUACGAUUCUCAUAAACUUCAUAAAUCUAUUUUUUAUAUGUCAAUGGUACACUUUAGAAUUCCAGUAAAAUUAAGUCAAUUCGUUGAAAAUAAAACUGGCUUUGAAAUUGGUGCUCCCUCGGUUACAACUUGGGGUAAUUUAGGUGUAUAUGCUGCUGCAAGAGUAGUAGAUACUACAAAUUUUGCUUCUCAAACUUUUUGGGAAUCUGGACUAAAAGAUGGUGGAUCUUUUAUAUGGAAAAAUCAAACUAAAGGAAAACAAUAUAUACGAGACGCUGUAGAUUUACAGGGUAUACCGAAUGAAUAUUAUGAUUUUGUAUGUGCUACAGAUGUUUUAGAACAUAUUGCUAAUCCAUUCAAAGCACUUUUAGAAUGGUUAAGAAUUAUGAAAUCUGGUGGUUUAUUACUUAUUAUUGUACCAUUUAAGAAUGUUACAUUUGAUCGUAAACGUGAUGUUGUUCGUAUAGAACAUUUAAUUAAUGAUUAUCAUAAUAAGACUAGUGAAGCUGAUCUUUCUCAUUUAAAUGAAAUACUUCUUUUACAUGAUGUAAAAAGAGAUCAAGGAAUAGUAAAUUUUGAAAAUUUUAAAACACGAUCAAAAAAUAAUUAUAAAAAUCGUGGUUUACAUCAACAUGUUUAUGAUCAAGAACUUCUCUAUUAUAUAUAUUUAUGUUUAAAUCUCAAUAUUAAAAUUCAAUAUACAUGGGAUUAUCAUAAUUUAAUAAUUGGUCAAAAACAAUAA